GUCAGAGAGCGCAAAACUGCGCCCCUGCUUCCCGGUGACGUCACGAAAGGACAACUCGAUUUACCGCGAGGUCAUUCGGCCUCUCCGAGGAGCCGGUCGUAGCCAAGCGGAGGCGCCAUCUUACAAUACUAAGAGACUCGGCCAGAAGGCAGGACACCACCAUGUACCCGACCGCUCUUACACAGCUGGCUCGGGCCAACCCGUUCAGCGCUCCCCUGUUCAGCCUCCAGAAGGUGGAGGAACCCCAACAGAGCCUCCAUGGGCAGAGGAGCCGCAACCUGGCGGCAGCCGCCGUAUCUGAAGAGGGAGACAGUUGUGAGUUCGGCUCUCAGAAGUAUUUCAUCCUGUGUGGAUUCGGUGGGAUUCUGAGCUGUGGCACCACGCACACAGCCGUCGUUCCCCUCGAUCUGGUCAAAUGCAGAAUGCAGGUGAACCCAGAUAAAUACAAGAGCAUCGGAAACGGCUUCGCAGUGACUGUGAGGGAAGAUGGUAUGAGAGGACUGGCGAAGGGCUGGGCCCCCACCUUCAUCGGAUACUCCAUGCAGGGACUCUGCAAGUUUGGCUUCUAUGAGGUGUUCAAGAUCUUCUACAGCGACCUGCUGGGAGAGGAAAACACUUACCUAUGGAGGACAUCGUUGUACCUCGCCGCCUCAGCUAGCGCAGAGUUCUUCGCCGACAUCGCUCUGGCUCCCAUGGAGGCUGCCAAGGUCCGUAUCCAGACCCAGCCAGGCUACGCCAACACCCUCAGGGAGGCCGCCCCCAAGAUGUACGCCGAGGAAGGGAUCUGGGCUUUCUAUAAGGGUGUGGUCCCUCUGUGGAUGAGGCAGAUCCCUUACACCAUGAUGAAGUUUGCCUGCUUUGAGCGCACCGUGGAGAUGCUCUAUAAGUAUGUCGUUCCCAAACCUCGCAGUGAGUGCAGCAAACCUGAGCAGCUGGUAGUCACCUUCGUGGCUGGUUACAUUGCUGGUGUGUUCUGUGCUGUCGUGUCUCACCCCGCUGACUCCGUGGUCUCUGUGCUGAACAAAGAGAAGGGCAGCACUGCAGCCCAGGUCCUGAAGAGGCUGGGUCCUAAAGGAGUGUGGAAGGGUCUGGUCGCCCGUAUCAUCAUGAUCGGUACUCUGACCGCCCUGCAGUGGUUCAUCUACGACUCCGUCAAGGUCUACUUCCGCCUGCCCCGCCCCCCUCCCCCCGAGAUGCCCGAGUCCCUGAAGAAGAAGCUGGGCCUCACAGAGUAAACCGUGCCCCUUCCUCUUCAUCAUCCUCCACUGAGUCUCCGCCCCCUCAGAGCUCCUCCACAGCGCACACAACAGUUUUCUAUAUUUAUGUUGUCGGCUCCUCCUCCGAGCUGCUUCUUCUCAUGUAUAUUUAAAACGAGCGAGGAGACGCCGGAACUGUCGGUCAGACAGCAGAUAUUCCUCUGUAGAAAAAAACACCGUCUGGUUUUAUCAUUUCCUGUCAUUAGAAGAUUGUUGAGAUUCUAAUAAAAGAAUUAAACUCCCUGGGAAA